CUGCUCCAGAUCAAGAUGGCGGCCUCCAUGUAUCGGUGCUCCGAGCUGGUUGGCAGAAAUGCUUUGUCGCUGUAUUCCCGGUCUCUGGUCUCCGCGGCCUGGAGAGGAAACCUGCACGGAUCACGCUGGAGCCCAGCUGCAGCGAUGCAGAUCCGAUGUUCCUCAGGUCGUAAAGGUUUCUUCGGAGAGUUUGUUGAUAACCUCCGUCAAGAGUUCAGUAAGAAUCAGGAGAUGAAGGAAAACAUCAAGAAGUUCAGAGAAGAGGCCAAGAGGCUUGAUGAGUCUGAUGCUCUUCAGCAGGCCCGCAAGAAAUAUAAAUCUAUUGAAGCUGAAACUGCGAAGACAUCUGAGGUGUUUAAGAAGACUUUUGGCUCUCUAUCAGACACUGUCAAAGAGGGUCUUGAGGAGGUGACCCGCACAGACAUUGGAAAGAAGAUCAAGGAAGGAAUGGGAGAGGCAGCCAAGGCGGCCAUGCACUCAGCUGAAUCUGUGUCCAAAGGUGGAGAAAAACUGGGCAGGACCAGCGCGUUUAAGGCUAUCUCACAGGGUGUGGAGUCGAUGAAGAAAGAGAUCGACGUUGGUGAUGCUGGUCCUUACAGGGCUCCUGCUCAGCUGAGGAUGAGGAGCGAUUUCUCGUCUAAAGGAGCUGACAGCACCACAGUGUUUGAGGCAAAUGAGGAAGCUAUGGGGGUUGUUCUUCAUAAGGAUUCAAAAUGGUACCAACAGUGGAAGGACUUCAAGGACAAUAAUGCCGUUUUUAACAGAUUCUUUGAGAUGAAGAUGAAAUAUGAUGAAAGUGACAAUACCCUCAUCAGAGCAUCCAGAGCUGUGACUGACAGAGUCACUGACUUCCUUGGUGGCUUUUUCUCUAAAACAGAAAUGUCAGAAGUGCUAACAGAGAUUGUGAAAGCAGACCCCAACUUUGACAAAGACUCUUUCCUCAAACAGUGUGAGAAGGACAUCAUCCCAAACAUACUGGAGGCUAUGAUACGUGGAGAGCUGGACAUAUUAAAAGACUGGUGCUAUGAAGCUACGUUCAGUCAGCUGGCUCAUCCCAUCCAGCAGGCCAAGUCUUUGGGGCUUCUUUUCCAGUCUAAAGUCCUUGACAUUGAUAACAUCGAUCUUGCGAUGGGUAAGAUGAUGGACCAGGGCCCAGUGCUGAUAAUCACCUUCCAGGCUCAGGUCAUCAUGGUGAUCCGCGGCCCCAAAGGGGAUAUCGUGGAGGGAGAUCCGGAGAAGGUGAUGAGGAUGAUGUAUGUCUGGGCCUUGUGCCGUGACCAGGAGGAGCUGAACCCAAAGUCAGCCUGGAGGCUCCUGGACAUCUCCGCUUCCAGCACUGAGCAGGUCCUUUAGGAGGAGGGGGAGGAUGAAGCAUGCAGGUUCAUCCGGGACACAAUCUGAGAGGAAGGCCUGAAGAUGCGGCCGCGUAUCUGGAAUACCUGCUCAUUCUGUCUGCUGUACAUUAAAACAAGAGGGCAGAGUAAAGCCCUGCUCCUUUGUGACUGUCUGCACACAUUCCCAUCGAUACCCAGAGGAUUUUUGUGCAGAAAUAUGAACUCGACCACUCUGGCACAUGUAUAUACGUAUACAUAUAUACACAUACCUCAUGGAGAGCUACCGCUUGGCAUAUUCACUGAAAUCUACAGCCAGUCAUAAAGUGUUGUUUCUCAUACUGGUCAGCUCGGCGUUUGGAUCGACCGGCAUGUGAACAUAGCACUUAUUUAUUUAAAAAGCUACCUGGAGCCUCCAUUGAGUCAUUCAGCAGUCAGUCCAUCGAAACUGUCCGAGUGGAAAGAUUCAAAAAGAUCUGGUGACAAGUGGCUGGAAAACAGUGGACGCAAUGUUAUGUCUGCUGGCACUUUUGAGGGUCGUUUGAAUCAGAACCCAAUACUCAUCACAAUCUUGGUUUAGUAAUGGAGCAGAAAAUGAAAAUGUAACCUACAUUCCUGCAUCAGCACCAUGUUUUCACAGGAAGAAAAGUGCAAUCAGCAGCUUCCGUCCUUCAUUCGUCUCUGCUCUAUAUGCCUUCAGCUUACUUUCAAGAUGGGUGAUUGUAGUUUGGGAACGCUUAGAAAGUAACUCGUAAUUGCCCUGUUUAUGCAUCUAAAAAAAGCUAUAAUUAGCUGCUUUGACAGAAAUACUGUAUGAAAUAUAUUUAUUUUCUGUUUGAGACUGUUGACCCAGCAACCCGGCACGGUUCGUCCCACAUGCAGCUGACUGUUGAACGAGCUGCAACCAUCUUGGUAGAGUAUGACAACAGCAGUAAUAUUGAUAAUAGCUGGUCAAACUGGGCCUAAAAAAUGAUUCAUUUUAGACUUAAAUACCUAUUUAUUAAAAACCACCCUUCCCAUCACCGUAAAAGGCAGAAAUGAGAGAAGGUGAAGUCAUCCAUCAAGGCUUUCAAGACUUGAAUGUAGACAUUACUUAUUUCUCUUCAAGCCAAAACCUUAUAAGAAGCUUAAAAAAUGCAAAACAAUAUGACAAAGUAUAAAAUAUAAAAUUUAGAGAUCUGUGCUUCCAAAUUCUGUCCUGUAACCUCUCCUCUGCGAGUCUAAUGUAACAUUACUUUUACUCUCAAGGUGAUGAUUUACUGUGUCUGCUUCUUUGUAAUGGUGCUUCCUCAAGCUGCACUUCAUUUUACCUCCAUUCUGAAUCAUGUUUGUGUCUGAAUGUUAAUAUCAGCUCAUAACAUGCAGAUAUUGAGCAUAGUUCUCUUUUAUAAGUUAUUGUGUGUUUAUGGUGCAGCCAUUCUGCUUCUUUUCCUCCACAUUACUGAUAAUGAGUCUGGUUCCUCUGGAUUGAUGUCGGUGUAUAUGCAUACAACCCAUCUGAAAAGCAAACACUGUGACAAUGGCAGAGCUAUAACCAGACUGAAUGACUGUUGUUGAUUUUUGUUCAGGAAGAACAUGUUCUUCCAGGAUGUUAUUAUCCAUUCUGCAGCCAUCUUGGCUGUUUUAAACUGGUUUUUAUUGGUAUGAGCAAUUGCAUAAAGCGUGUCCCCGCCUCGCUGUGAUUAGAUUGGUACGUUCUGAACUAGUGGAGUUGGCUGUGAAUGUCAUUUCAUGAGUGAAUUUUCAUGGAGUGAAUAGUUACUGCUGGCCAGGAUUAUUAUUGACAUUUGUCCUGUGUGAAAAGGUUUGUCACACCACCUAAUCUGCACUCAGUUUUUAGUGUAUUUUGGAUGACUUUUUUUUUUUUUAUUGAAGCAAAUUUAUACAAAUAAGAUUCAAUGGUGUUAUACUUUCUGCCCGCAGGACAAACUGUAUGUUAAAUUAUUUAUCUGUCAUCUAAACUGCCAUAUUCAGAGUCCAAGAAUAUCAAAGAAAGCAUUUUAUAUUUUUGUUUGUUCCAAUAACCAGAAGUUUUUUUGUUUUUUUGUUGUUCUUCCCUCCCACUAUGUGUACGCGUCAACAGAUCAUGUUUGUUCUGCGUAACACUUCCACAGCUGUAAUCAUUACGGCUUCCAGGGGCCAGAAAUAUUCAAUGAUUAAUUUUUGUCUAUGUUCCAUCUUCAUCGGUUAUUUUGAUAAGAAAAAUUCAAGCAAUUCAUGAGUUGGAUGCUCAUUUCAUUAAUAUGUCAAUGAAAUAAGGACGGUUCUAUGAUUAGAGUCCGCAGCUCUGAAUACAUCACAUCUGUGCUCACAAGCUGAGAUUAAACUCUGAAAACUGUG